CACUCGUCACGUGAUGUCUGCUGAGAGCUUGGGUUUACUGUUUAAAACUUCCUACUCGCGUCCGUUGUUAGUUCUUGGGCUUGACCAACGAGAAUUAGUGAAACAUUAGAUGAAGUGUCGGAAAAUCUUUUGGAAACUUUUGGACUUCCUUAAAUAAUUUCUUGGAAAAUUGAAAGCUGCCAAAUAACAGGAGUUUACGUUCCUAGAGUUGAAGCGUGGAGCAGUGUUUACAACGCAAGCGACCAAAUGAAUGCCCCCUGUGUUUACUCAGGGAACCAACGGGUUAGAAACUACCACGUCGAAACUCCUGCCAUUAGGAAUGAUGUUAAGAAAUACUCCUAUUCCUCUUGGGAAAAGCUAAUAUUGAAUCUUGGUGAUGCGGUUGGUAUAAUUGCUCUGUGGCUACUUUUGUAUGACAUAACUGGAAUACUAAGUCCGCUCCUUAUAUUUAUUGGAAUGAAAAUUCUACUUGACUUCUAUGGAUUCGGUUCACGGGGCAUCAUACGGAACACAUACGCAUCAAACUAUCAAAGAUGCAAUCCCUUCACAAGAGAAUUAUGGUUCGCUAAGCUAAAAGAAUUGGGGUCUCACCUUUCGACUCAAUUAGCAUAUAGUUGGUUUGUUUCUAUUAUUUUUUGGAAUUUUGUAUUACCUUAUGGUUUAUUAAAAAUGAUUCCUUCAGUUGUAAAUAACGUUGUCAUCCUCUAUGUUUCAUAUAAAUUGACUUACAUGGCAUGUGUAAAUGUGAAACGAAGGUUUUAUGAAACAGAUUAAAAAUGUUCUCAGUAAAUUGAUGGAGUUUAUCCUGACAUUGAAGACCAGAUUAAAACGUGCACAUCAUUUAUUCUCGUGUUUUGUUUUUGCUCUAUAAAACGCAAUAAAUUUUAUUGAGAUGUUUGUAAGACUACUACUUUGUGGACAUUUUGAAUAAAUAUUUUAUUAGUUGA